AAAUGAUUCAUUUUCACUUCCGGGGGCUACGACCGCCUCCGCCUACUUCUAGCUCACCGCCAGCCCUUUGACUCCUCUCUCCUCCUGAAAGCAGCAGCACAUCUCUGCACUCCAACUUCUCCGCGGCUUUACCUACAUACAGACAGAUAUUCACCCCCGCCAUGUCUGCUGGAAAUGCUCAGAUUGGCAAGCCUGCCCCCAAUUUUAAGGCCACAGCUGUUGUAGAUGGGCAGUUUAAGGACAUUCAGUUGUCAGACUACAAAGGAAAGUAUGUGAUCUUCUUCUUCUACCCUCUGGACUUCACAUUUGUGUGCCCUACUGAGAUCAUAGCCUUCAGCGACAGGGCAGAGGAGUUCCGCAAAAUUGGGUGCGAAGUUAUCGGCUGCUCCGUGGACUCUCAGUUCAGUCACUUGGCAUGGAUCAACACACCUAGAAAGCAGGGAGGUCUGGGUAGCAUGAAGAUUCCCCUUGUGGCAGACCUCACCAAGUCGAUCUCAACAGACUACGGAGUGCUGAAGGAGGACGAUGGCAUUGCAUUCAGGGGUCUGUUUGUGAUUGACGACAAGGGCAUCUUGAGGCAGAUCACCAUCAAUGACUUACCUGUGGGUCGCUCUGUGGAUGAGACUCUGCGUCUGGUCCAGGCCUUCCAGCACACUGACCAACACGGAGAGGUGUGCCCUGCCGGCUGGAAACCUGGAAGUGACACCAUGAUCCCCGACGUAGAGAAGAGCAAAGCGUACUUCUCCAAGCAGUAAAUGUGAAGGUCUUCCGGCUGACUUGUAGCACUUGCCUUCAGAUGAGAGGAGCCCCUGUAAAGCAGUCUCUCAUGGCGUCCAGUCUAAUCUGUUAAACUCAGCAAGAAUGUCACUACUUGUUAUUACGGAGCACAUGACAGUUGCAGCUCUUAAUCUUUAUAUGUCCACUUUGCAGUUGUUAGGGCGACCACAUAGUCUCAAGCACUGAAAUAAUAGUUGUUUUGUUCAUUUAUCAAAAAAAAAGUAUUGCUAUUUUUUCCUUGCUGUCAUGAAUAAUUCCUAAUACCAUAUUUUAUUAAAGCUGUGGGGGAAAAAAUGUGACUUUGUUUGCCUUGGUAAAAUCUUUCAGUAUAUCCUCAAUGUUAACACAAUUGUGAACCACUAGAUGGUGCCAUGGUUCUUUCUGAAUCAGUCAUGAUAUUAAGUUGAAAUGAAAUCUGUCAGGGCCGGUUUCUGUAACUGGCCCAGAGGUUCAGUGUAUGUCGCGACGCUGUGGAGUCUUGGUUAAUAUUGGAGUUAUUGUUGCUUGACUCAGCAUGACGACUAUGGUUGCCAAAUGGCACUAAAGCAAGUUGGGAAAGCUUGGAUUGUCGGAAGUGAUACAAGAUCUACGCACUACAGUAACACUACUUUCAUGUAAUUUUUAAAUUAAUUUACCCUUUGACUUAAGAAAAGAGUUACAAGGCACUUAUUUGGGUGGGGGGGUUCUGACAAUAAACUAGACAUUUUUGCCCAGAGAA